GUUAGUGCUUAGGAAAAUGACAGAUCAACAAACUGUGGUUGUGACAGGAUUUGGACCCUUUGGUUCCCACACAAUCAAUGCCAGCUGGCUUGCUGUCCAGGAGUUGGCAAGGAAAGGUUUGGGACAAGGCAUUAAUCUUGUGGUGGACCAGCUACCAGUGGCCUACUCUGAAGUGAAAAAUAUUGUGCCCAAGUUGUGGAAUCUUAGACCCAAGUUAGUAGUACAUGUAGGAGUGUCCGGGAUUGCAGACAGACUGACACUGGAGCAGCUAGCACACAAUGACGGCUAUGAGAGAGAGGAUAUAUUUAACUGUGUUCCUGACACCAAGUGUUGUGUGGACGGAGCAGACCACUGCCUGGUGUCGGCUAUAGAUAUGACUAAAGUACAGCAGUGUGUUAAUAGCUCUGCUUGUGGAGUGGAAGCCAUUGUUUCUACUGAUCCCGGAAGGUUCCUGUGUGAUUUUUCCUAUUAUCUUUCCCUUCAUGUCAACCAGGAUUGUGCAGCUUUCAUACAUGUGCCAGAUAUCAAUAAACCAUACACAGUUGAGCAGCUGGCAGAGGGACUGAGAGUAGCCAUAUUAGCCAUGCUGCAACAGUUGCCAUCUUGAUGUCAGGGCUUUUUUGAGUGAUAAAGAUUUAAUUACAAGGCUGAUGAAAGAAAUCUGAUUUUGUUAUAUGAUGCUAUAGGAACACAAGUGGUAUGGUUUCCUCUGUUCUAGUCAUUUAGAACAUUUUUUUAUUUACCAGUUGACAAGUGGAACUACUAGCUAGCUUUAGACAUAAGUGAUUGGUUCAAAAAUAAAUUGAUGAACUGUUGAUCAACUUUUGAAGAUCAAGGUUAAAUGAGAUGUAAAAAUCAGGUGUGCAUGAACAUUACUUUAGUAGGAGCAUUGCAUUGAGUGGAGGAAAACGAAGCCCCCUCAGCCUAUAUUUCAAUUUCUCAAUGUCAUUUACAAUUUAUGGAAAUCCAUUAAAACAAGUUCCCUGUAUAGCACAUGGACACUUCUUUUUGACCCAUUUGUUAGGGUAAUGAAAUGAUGCUUAAGGCAAAAUAUAGACCAAAAUGACAUUUUUUAUUAAAUUUAUUUAUUUCUAAAAUAUUAGCAACAGAACACUUCAACAUGUAUCAAGUGACUCAAAAGAUCACAUGAUAUAAAACAUUCAUUUGUUCCUUAAACAAUCGUUCUUUUAGUAAAACUAUAAUUUUUGUAACAACUACAUGUAUUCUGUUAUUUGAAUGUAAGUAGAAAGAUUGAAAUAUACAUAUCAUUUUGAAAAUAAAAUGUUACUGAAUGGAACAAGGUGUGUAAAGAAUGGGAAUCAUCUGAGGUGUCCUAAAAUGAGGCCUUUCAGACCACGUGAUAUAAAAGACUGGAAAACAAGAAAAUAUGCGCUAGCGAUAUGCACCGA